UGCUUUGACAAAAAAGAAAUAUUUCAGAUAGCGCCACAUGCAAAUUAAUGAAAACACGUCAUCGUUACAGUUAACGUAUACAAGAAGAGGAACUGAAUUUUUCCUCAAGUACACUGUUUAAAUGUUAAACAUUAUGUAAAAAAUAUUUCAUUUGAAAAAUUACAAAGUUUUUCAUCAUGUUUAAGAUGUACUUAAAAAACGUAACGCUUGUUAAAGAGUUAUGGAGACUGGUCUAACCCAACUUUCUCUCCUUUGGACUAACAGUAUAUAGCAUAGUAUAAAAUAUGAUAUCCAAUGGUAUUGGGAUUUCUACUAAGGAAAUUGGAGGAAAAUCAAUGUCAAACAGUGUAAAUUGUUCGCCAACGUCGUCGACGUUAAAUUCUCCAUUAAUGAAGUUAUCUUCAUACUUCCUAGCUGUAAGACCAUGGUCAUUAAGUGCUUCGUUAAUGCCAACACUUCUUGGAUCUGCAUUAGCAUAUCGAUUAACAGGCUUAGCAAAUUUUAGCUGGAUAUCUUUCAUUCUCACAGUAUAUACAGUGUUUUGCGUACAUGGAGCUGGUAAUGUAGUAAACACUUAUUUUGAUUAUAUAAAAGGGGUGGACAGCCGAAAAAGUGAUGACAGAAUACUAGUAGACCAACUUUUAUCAAAAGAUGAGUUAGUAUCGCUAGGUGCAUUAUUAUAUACAGCAGGAUGUUUAGGUUUUGUUUUAUUAACUACUAUAUCUCCUGCAAAAAUGGAACAUCUUGCACUUGUGUACUUUGGAGGCUUAUCCUCUUCCUUUCUUUACACAGGAGGGAUAGGGCUCAAAUAUAUUGCAUUAGGUGAUGUUCUCAUUUUGGUUAUUUUUGGUCCAAUUUCAGUCCUAUUUGCAUUCAUGGCUCAAACUGGUUAUGUUGAAUUAGGUACAAUAUAUUAUGCUAUACCUCUUGCAUUAAAUACAGAGGCUAUUCUACACAGUAACAAUACACGAGAUUUAGAGAGUGAUAAGAAAGCAGGAAUAGUAACCUUAGCUAUCUUAAUAGGUCAUACUGUGUCUCAUGUUUUGUAUGCAUUUUUAUUAUUCACACCUUACGUAACUCUUGUAGUGCUUGCAUUAAGGUAUUCUAUCUGGUUUUUAUUACCAGUCAUUACUUUACCAACUGCCUUCAAAAUAGAAAAGCAAUUCAGAAGCCCUCAUAUGAUUCAGAGUGUGCCUAAACAAACAGCUAAGCUAAAUAUGUUUUUGGGCAUUUUAUAUGUUAUCGCUUGUUUACUUGUAGAUCCUCUGCCUUACCUGUAACACACAUUGUAAACAUACAUCAUUUGCAACAUUAUCUGGAAGAGAACUUACCAAUUCAAAUAAUUAUAUGGGCAGCUGAUAGCCUAUGUAGCGUGUAAUCUCAUACAAAUUUUGUUAUUUUUGUUAUUUUGUUUUAUUAUUAAUCAUCUAUUACUAAUUUAUUUGAUUCUAUUCGAAUUUACUCUUUGUUUCACAAGAAAUUGAUUUAUAUUUCACUGUCUGUACAAGCAUUAUUAUAUGUAUGUAAUAUGAAAUUUAUUUCUUACUUGAAGUAUACUUUUCAAUAUUUGUAAUACAGUGAACAUUUAGAGAUGGUUUUUCAGUAAAGCGAUGAUCUUUGAUAUGUACAAAAUAAUUACAUCAUUUAGAAUUUAAUUACGUAUUUGUAUUUCUCUAAUGUGUGUAAUGAGCAUAACAUUUUCACGUUUAAAAUAGGUGUAAAAAUGUGAAUUUUAAACAUAUUAUUAUUUAAAUAUGUUCAUGUAUAAUUUAUCUCAUUGUUUAGAUUUUUAAGUAGCAUUAUUUAUGUGAAACCAUAUGCAUAUCCCAAAAGUUUUGUAAUUUUGGAAAUGUAACAAAACUUGUCAUCAAUGUUUUUACAUUUUAUAAAUUGAUAAAUUUUUCAAGAUAAGACAAUAAAUCUUAUAAUGUAUCAAUAAUAAACUAAUAGAAUAUUGUUUUGUUAUUUGAUAUUAAUAUAAAGAUUUGUAAUGAAACAGUUACUGCAAAUUACCGAUGUAAAUUUAUUUAUGAUUAACGUAUUGUACCUUUUUUAAAAGUACAGGAUGUAAUUAAAGUUCACUAUAUAAAAAUAAUAAAAACAAUUGCAAUCCUUUUUUAUCCGACCUCGAAAAGGAGGAAGAUACUCGAUUCGAUCAGUAUAUAUUUUUUAUUUAUUAAGUAUAAACAAAUAUGCUGUACUUUUAAAUACAUAACCAAUAAAUACAGAUUCAAAAGAUAAAUCUAAAA